GCUUGUUUUGUCAGCGUAAGCUGAGUUUAUAAAAAAAUAUCUUCAAUAACUAUCCGAGUUACUCACUGAUUUAGCGAAUACUGCCGCAUUAGUCAUUAUAUUUGCAAUCCAAGUGAUCUGUAUAGCAUACCCGGAAAUAGGUAUAUACAGUAGAGUAGACAGAUGAUAAUUGCCAAGCUUAAAGUCAGUGCAAGCUUCAACGCUGCACUGCCAUUAUAAAUUCAGCUAUAGGCUAUUGGCAAGUGGAUUUUAUGAGCAUAACGUUUUAUUACAACACUUGAUUUCGUGAGAAUUUUUUCAAUUUAUUUUGCAAUGCAACAGAGAAAUUUCUGCCAUGGAUUCGGAUGUUGACUGCUCGUCUGAUGUUCCAUCGCACUCUGCAACAGAGAGUUCGUCUGGAUUGGGAAAUUAUGACGUGGCAAUAUAUUUUCACUAUACUACGAAAGAAAAGAUUUUGGAUGCCGAGAAAAUAUUGAUUGAAGAUGGCCUUACAAUAUGUCUCAGUCAAAGAGAUGCUCCUGCGGCUAGACCAAAAUUACAAAAUCUCUAUUCAAUUGCGAAGCGAUCUGAUUUAAGAGUGUUUUUGAUCACCGACAAAUUUGUAAAAGAAGAAUUCUCGUUUCACCUGCGCCUUCUUGAAAAUGCCGACGUUUCAACAAAAGAAAACACGUUAUUACUUAUGAGAAGAAGCCAAAUACGACACAUUCCGGAGCACGUGAAAGACUUUACUUGCAAAGUUUUUAAAGACCGCAUUAGGGGAGAAGAUAUAGCAGAUUUGAUUAAAGAGUUCCGUGCUAAGGAUGGUGAACAAGUGUCAGAUUUUAUUUCAGAUGAUAUCCCCAAUGACGAAGAUAACGCUGUUGCCGAGAUUUCGUCAGGAAUCAACGACCAGCUAGAGGUAUGUGAGGAAGACAUUAAAACAUAUGAGACCAAAUUCAGAAGGUUCAAAGAAUUGUUCGGAGUAGUCAGCAAAAAAAGAUGUUACAUAUUGAUCGUGAGUCCGCUCCACGAACGGUCUGCCGCUUUAAAUGAUAUUGUCGCAGUUCCUUGGAUUCGAGUAUUCGAUUUUGAUUCGAAAAGCAGAGUUAACGGAUUACUUUCAUGGACUGAAGAGGUAUUAGGAAAACGACAUCACACCAAAACCGAUCAACUUGAUAGCGUCGAUAUUCCUAAUGACGACGUCACUAAUUGGGUAUUCAUCAAUGGUUAUACUGAUAGCGCAGAUACAUUAAGCUCGGUAAACCGCGCCAUCCCUCCCCAAGUGAUAUAUAAACACGGCGAUAGCCUGGUGGAGUACUGUGUGGUGCAGAAAGUACCAGUUAUUCUUGUAAUGUGGUAUCCCAAAUAUAGCAAUUUGAAUAAAAACUUUGAAAGCUUUUUAGGCGGUCUACAAUACCAUUUCGCCGGUCGCUCGAUUACGUUCAAUUGUAUUGUAUGCGUUCCCGCACUGCCAAGCAAACACAGUGGAUUGUACAGAAUGUUUGAACGUCUUGAUUUUCUUGACAAUACUAUUGUUGUUCCCAUCAAAACACUGUGUCAGUGGUUCAAAAAAAUAAUGGAAGAUAGCCAUCAAUCCCUGACGACGUCUUCUGGGGCUAUGACUCUCCCAAAAUAUCCUGAUCAGGGAGAAACGCUCGUCAAAGUUGAAGUAGACCAGGAAGAACUGGUUUGGAUCAGGACUCAAGUACAUAUUUUGGUUAUGCCUGAUAUUGAUCAAAGUGGUACAACUACUGAAAAUCCUACUCAAAACAAAGGUCUUGAUUUUCUCAAAGGUCAUGAUAUUGAUUGGACAGUUUUAGAACUUGGCAAGUACGACGUAAAAAGAGAUCUACUUGAAGAGACGAAAGCGUACAUCGAACAAAAACAUGCGAAAACGGGCAAAACCGGACUUGUAACAAUAUUUCAUUCACCCGGGGGCGGAGGAACCACUUUCGCACGAAGAUUGCUGUUUGAGCUGCGUGAUAAGCUUCCAUGUGGAGAGUUAAAAUCAGGACAAAUUAUUUUGAAAAAUCUUGAAGAUCGUCUCAUAACGAUUCGAAAUUUAACACGCCUUCAAACUGUUUUGCUGUUGGAUGGCAGAAGCAUGCAUGAUGUGAAAAAAAUUAUGGCAAUUUGUAGCAAAAUGAGAAUCUUAGUGAUUCAUGUUCGUCGAUUUUAUCAGGAAUCCGAGAAAGCUCCUAGUGGAGAUGGUAUAUUUUUUCUUCGGGAUAGUGUUUCCAGACAAGAAGCUAAAGAGUUUGGUACGAUUUACUCAGAGGCUGCUGCAGAAAACAAGUCUAAACUGAUGUCACUCUCGAAAGAAAUAGAAAACGGAAAAGAACAUUUUGUUUUUGAAUAUGGAUUAACAGCAUUUCAAUCAAAGUUCCAAGGAGUUCGCCGAUAUGUUCACGGAUAUUUGCAGAUUGAAAACAAUCAAAAACUUCAAGAUUGGCACACUGUUUUGGUGUUUUUAUCGUUAGCAAAUUACUACGGACAUAGGCCAUUGCCAAGCAAACUAUUUGGAAAAAUUCUUCACAAGACUGAUAAUGAAACUGUUGAAUUAGAGGAUCUACCACACGCAGCCAGGCAGUUUAUAACAGAGGAAGAGCAAAGUUGGAAAAUUACUCACUAUAUUGUUAGUAAGCUUAUUUUGGAACAAGUAUUGGUGAAAAGGUCUACGACUGAAUACGAUUUCAGUUACAACAAUCUUACAAAAGAGGCUUCGCGAGAGCUAUGCCGUUGGGCUACAAGUUUUAUAGAAAAUAUGCACGAUUACGUUGGGGACUAUGGUACAGUGGGAUCUCAUAUUUACGAAAUACUCACUUCCAUAUUUAUCCGUCGCAAUUAUGACGACCCCGGAGAAAACGAGUUGGACUCAAGGCCGCGACUCCACUACUCGAAGCUCCUUGAAGAAACAUGUUCCAAUGCGGAUAAGGGAACCAUAUUGAAAAAACUAGUUAUCUGUUUUCCAAACCAAGCUGAAUAUCGAGCUCACUUAGGAAGAUUUCAUUCAAAACAGGGUGAAUUUGAGCAGGCAGAAACUUGCUUCACGCAGGCGAUUGAGACCAAGAAGAACGAAACCAGAAGGCCGGAUUCAAAUCUAUUGUUUUCCAAAAAUGCUGGAAACAAUAAAGGAGAUAGUGUAUUGGAAAGAAUAUAUAACAUGGCAGGAUUCGCUUGUAUGUCGCACAUUCGAUCAGAAAUUGGUGGUCGUUUGGGGAACAUUUCCGAACGCACAUUACUUGGAAAAAGUCGACCAAAUUUGAUCAGAUCUUGUCUCGAAAAGGCUAAAAGAGCCAUCAAAAAUUUUGAAAACGGAAGAGAUUGGUACCAGAAGGGCUCGAAUCCCGCUUUCGCAAAUAUAGGCGAACUCAAGGUUCGCUUGUUACUCAUAGAGCUUGCAAAGCAAAUAAGUAACGGUCAAUAUCAAUCUUUGCUUGAAAAAGACAGUCCGUACUGUGACCUGGGUAAUUUUGUACUCAAAUCAUUUCACGAAUGUGAUCUCCUUCUGGCGCAUUGUAUAUCGGACAGGUCUAGAAAUAUGGACAUACCCGAAGAGGAAAUUAAUCUUUGCUUAAAUCACUUCAAUUUCUUUUUCUCAAACGCAACUAAGGCGUUGGAGCAAUGGGCUGGAAAUGAUACAUCCAUUCAUUCGAUGAAAUGUCAUCUCUCAAUGCUCAAGAUCAAACUUCGUGGACAAAAUAGAAAGUGGUUCAAACUGAACGAAGACGUGAAGACUACGAAACAAAUAGAAACAUUUGUUAAUCUGUGCGAAAAAAUAUGUGAUGCUGCUUGUAACGAUGAACUGUCUACAGUUAGAAUAUCUAGUUAUAUGAUGGAAUGGCUGAAAGCAAUAAGACAUAAGCACAUGCCUCGAACAUAUUAUUUGAACGACGUACUGUCACGCAUAGUAAAAUGGAGAGCUCGCAAGGAAAUUGGCUCACUAGCAAACUUCUAUCAUUAUGUGUUGGCCACCACGUUAUCUUUGAGUUCUGUUAGUCGAAAGAUAGCCGACGCUUUCAGUACAGAGUCUAAUAAAAUCAAGGAAUAUAUGAGACAUAACGACUUUACUCAUCUGCAUCUACUUGACACAAGUGAAUGGCUUGGUCGAAGUGAAGAUUCUCAAAGUUUCAAUCGGCUGAUUUCGUCCUCGGAAUUGGGAGAAUGGGAAGGAAGGUUCUGGACAAAUAAACAACAAAUAUCCCGACUUCAAGUUUGCACAGGAUCGAUCUCCUUUAGCAGGCCAUACGAUGGAAUAAUCAUUGUUGACAUCGGCACCUCAACACCAAUCGGGGUCUUUUUUUUACCGCAAAGAUAUUCCAUCGGAGUUUCCCAUUCUAAAAAGAAAACAAGAGUUGAAUUCUACUUAAGUUUCAAUCCUCGACGUUUUGCUGAGGCACAUGAAGUCACUCCUCUUAAGAAAUACAAAUGCCAAAAUCCUUCUUGCAAAGCACCUACCGAAAUACCAACAUUGGGAAAGGAACCUGGAGAAUGCGUGGCUCCGUGUAACAUGUGUGAUACUAUAGUAGUAAAACCGACGUGAUUUGAUAUAUUAGGAUUUGCGAUUGAGUGUAAACUAUUCUCGUAUAUAUUUGUAAUAUUAUUGCGAGUUUUUUCCACGAUUGUUUGCCAGAGUUGGACUACCCAUUAGUACAAUUAGUGAAUUUUGUCUUGUAAUUAUCAAACACACUCAACUUCAUUCGAUGGCUAUUUUUACUAUUUGAGAAUACCCGUUUUUUAUUAAUCCAUGAGUUAUUAUCUGAAUUUUUCGAUGCUUAAAGCUUGCAAGUUAUAUCUGUUAUAUUUUGGAACUAUUGCGAUGGCCUGCUCAACUGUACGAAUAAUAUGGAAAGUGCAUGAAAUGUUGACAUCGACACAUUUGUAUUGUCACAUGUUUCUUCACUUAUUAAUUUACUACCUGAAUCCAAACACCAGCUUUAUGAUCAGAUUUUAUACUAAAGAAUCUUAAUUAUGAUUUCUUCAACAUUUUGCUUCCAACAUUAUUCUUUCAAAUCUUUUAUUUAGCUUAUAUUCCGUAUACAUGCACUAUUUUUGCUCAUGAACUAUGGAAAAUUAUUUUCAAACUGAAAUUUCAUUUAUUCAUCUGAUAUUCAGUACUGUUGAAGGGCGUCAUGGAAAAAAGGCGGAUUUAUACAAAUUUAUUUGUUGUGUCAUUGCAAAUGAAUUUGAAAGACGAUUGAAUUUAAGCCUUUCAAAAUUCGGUGUUUUAUUAUCAAUACGAUUCAAAACAAUAACUUCUGAACCACUGAAUUACAAAUUAGCAACUCUUGGACCUAAUGAUUAUCACAUCGAUUGUUAAGUUUCUUAUUGUUAAAUACUGAAUGGCUUAUGAGAAUUCUACCAAUACCACAGUAAUUUGUUGUUUUAACUACCACCAGCGACCCCUACGGUUUGGUAAGAGUAGUAUGUUCUGUAUGGUAAAUUGUAUCAAUUAUAGUAUCAUUUAUUUCAUAUUUUUUCGGGUUUUAGAAAAUUUGUCAUUUCAUUAGUGAUGUAUAAAUCAAAUUUUCAUAAUAUAGCAUGAGAUUUUCGCUUUGUCUUGGUUCUUCUAGAGACCAGUCUUUCCGUUUUUAUUAUUUGUAAUGUUGCAUUGGUGGUGGUUUGACCUGAUUGUACAAAUACUUGUAAAAUGAAAUCAGCUGUUCUAUUACGUUGCAGUUCAACAGUACCUAAAGCCGCUUAGUGACUAAAUGAAUGCAUUUAUAUACUUAAAAACUUUCAAUUGUUAUGCAACCACUUUGCAUCAAUUCCGUUUUGAUUUUUUCGCAUUUCAGUAGAUCAUAAAUCUGAUAUUUUGCUACCGUAUAACAUGUUUGCGGUUUAUUCCGAUGAAAGGUAAAAACGAUUUUAUUUUGGAAUUAAAUAUAUAUACUCAUAUAUUCUGUUUACAAAAAUGUAAUUCGUGGAAAUAUUCCAAUAUCUGGUAACUUCAUUUACUCACUAUAAAACACGUUUGCAUCCUGAAGCAACGUAAAAAAUAAUCUUAUUUUGAAAUUGAAUUUAUAUAUAUAAUUCUUUUGCAACAAUGUAAUCCCUUAAAAUAUAUAUUCCAAUAUCUAGUA